GUGUGUGUGUGGGAUCUGUUGUGAAUGAGUGAGGCAGCAGAGCAGCUGAGUGAGACUAACAAGUGGUUGCCAUGCAGCAGGAGCAAGCGUGCGUGCUUCUGGAGGGAGAGAUAGAGAAACAGAAUGAUAAUGAGCAGGAGGCAGCAGCGAGCGCCAGGACAGGAGCCGCAUCUCUCAGGAGAAACAUGUAGAACGGAUUGAUCCAGCCCCACGCCUCUGCUCCUCUGUCUUCUCCUUUUUUUCCCUUUACCCUCAGCUUUUUUUUUUGUUGCUCAGAUGUGAGCUGCUAGCCUGGCGCAUCCAGUAUGCCAGCAAUGGGUGGAUUAACGGAUACACGUCUGAGAGCUCCAAGGAGGAGGAGGAAGAGUUGCUUGCAGGAAUCGGCAGCAACAGGUCUGUAAGGAUGGCAUGGAAAUGAUGGUGACAUGCAGGCUUCUAAACGCCUGACCCCAUCUGUGAAGAGAUGAGGCACCUAGACGUGGGCUUACCAUGAGCAGCGUCCACUUCAACCACUCCCUUGCUGCCAUGAGUGGAAACGACAUAAUGGCGCACUCUCUGACUUUGGAGCAGAAGACGGCAUUUGCCUUCGUGGGGAUGCUGCUGGUGUUCUUGGGACUGCUGAUAAUACGCUGCUUCAGGAUCCUGCUGGACCCCUACAGCAGCAUGCCCUCCUCCAACUGGGCCGAUGGCAUCGAGGGGCUGGAGAAAGGGACGUUCGAGUACGCCCUCACCUAACGAUGGGACAAGAAUACACACAAAUUACGAGAAAAGAUGCCCAAGCCUGCACAACCACCGCACCUGACACCCCCAUUCAGACACCCCCAAGUGAUGAACCAAGCUCAAGCUGCAAAGCUGUGUGUGUGUUGUGUGAUGUGCGUGAAUUGCUAGGUGAGAAAGCCUUUACUGUAUGUGAGUAUAUGCGAACUGUGUGUGUGUCUGACUGGAUGUGAGGCAGAUGCUGUGUCACAUUGGGUGACCUUCUGCCAGAGGGUGUGUAUUUUAGCUCAUCAACUGACACAGAACUUGGCUGUAGCUCCCUUUAACCCACACCAACAAGGUGAAUGUCACGAUGAGGUGGAUUUCUGUGGAACAGGGAGGGAGACUGAAGACUCAGGGACAAGAUGCCUCACACUAACUUAGAACAGAAGACAGCGCGGUUGCACUUCUGCACAAGCGGAACAGUUCAGCACAAGACUGCACCUGGAUGGAUACAGGGUAUUAUGUCAAUCUAGUGCUUUGCAAGCUAUUCAAACCCAGUCUGUCGGGAAUCUAAAGGAAAGCAGCCACUUUUUGUUGGAUCGGUCCUUUUUCUGGUGUCUUGCUUCCUGACGUCCUGCGGCAAAUAAGCAAACUGUGACCUACAUUGUGGUAUUCCAGUUUCUAAAUAAUGCAAAAUGAGCUCAGAGAUUGUACCGCUCCUGCGUCAGAGUGAUGGUGAACUGAAAGUGGCCAAAGUUAUAUGGACUGACUGACUGAUGAGCAUAAGACAAGAUACUUUUUUUCCCCCCACUCACAGCACUGUUGUUCCAGAUCACUGGGAGGAGCUAACUCAGCAGAGGUGUCAUAUAAAACAAGGAUGGGAUGUUUGUCAGCUCUACACUUGACCAUAUUUUCAGACCAUCCCAAAACUCCACCCUGCCCCAAUCUCUUCCUUCCACUCGGAGGAAGACGGAACGGUCCGGAAAGCAGACCGUUUAGAGUCUGGACUGUUCUGUUGAUAAUUUUUACGGUCUACUGUUUCUCCUUAGUGCUGUGAAUCUGCCUUACUGUGACCUUCAAUGGGUUUAUGUGCCUUCAUCUAGAAACAUUAGAGCACCUGUUUGUGGGUGUGUGGGAGGGAGGGGGUGUGUCUGUGAGUGAGUGUCACAUCAUAAUGACAGGCCAGUUGCUUGCUCUGCUGGUGAUAGAGAUUUUGCAUUGAAUUCAUUUGAUUUGAUGAUGUGAAAUAAAAAGGAUUUAUUCAC